AUGAAGAGAUUAUGGGCGAAACGAACGCCCUCCGACGGCGAGGAGAACUCCCCUCUCCUCUCCUCCUCCGACCUUAACGCCGCCGGCGGAGCGAGACGCCCGAGCAGCGACCCCGACGUCCUCCAACACCAACUACACCCGACCCAAAGUCAAACCUCGUCCGGUGUCGCACGCACCGAUUCCGUCGCAGCCCACAUCGGCCACGCGGAGCGCGUCUGGCUCUUUGUCGGCAUCUUCCUGGUCGGCUACGCCUACGGCCUCGACUCCCAGGUGCGGGGAACAUACCAGCCCUACGCCACCUCCAGCCUCAAGCUGCACUCGUCCCAUUCCACCAUCAACGUCCUCCGCAGCGUCGUCGCCGUCGCAUCCCAGCCCACCGCCGCCAAGAUCGCGGACAUCUACGGCCGCUUCGAGACCACCCUCGUCGCCAUCCUCCUCUAUGUCGUCGGCACCGCCUUCGAGGCGAGCGCCACCACCGUCGAGGUCUUCUGCGUCGGCGCCAUCCUCUACCAGAUCGGCUACACCUGUCUGGUCCUGCUGCUCGAGGUCCUCGUCGCCGACUUCUCGUCCAUGAGGUCCCGCGUCUUCUUCAGCUACAUCCCCGCCAUCCCCUUCGUCUUCAACACGUGGAUCAGCGGCAACGUCACCGCCGCCGUCCUGCACGUCACCUCUUGGCGUUGGGGUAUCGGAAUGUGGGCCAUCAUCCUCCCCAUCUCCUCCAUACCCCUUCUCACGAGCCUCUACUCCCUCGGCCAGAAGUCCAGAAAAUCACGACACGCCCGCCCGGCCUCCAAGGAGGGCGCCGUCGACCUCUUCCACCAGCUCGACACCGUCGGCCUCGUCAUCCUCAUCUCCGCCUUCUCCUUCACCCUGGCCCCCCUGACCCUCGCCGGCGGGACCGUCAGCCACUGGAAGUCCCCCGCCAUCCUCGUCCCUCUCGUCCUCGGCCUCCUCUGCAUCCCGGCCUUCGUCGUCUGGGAGCGCCAGGCCCAGGUCCCGCUGAUACCCUUCCGUCUGCUCCGGGACCGCGGCGUCUGGUCCGCCCUCGCCGUGCGCAGCCUGCUCAACUUCGCCUGGUCCACGCAGGGCAACUACCUCUACACCGUCCUCAUCGUCGCCUUCGACUUCUCCGUCGAGACCGCCACCCGCAUCCUGUCCUUCUUCUCCUUCUUCGGCGUCUUCAGCGGCGUCCUCAUCAGCUUCGUCAUCUACAGGAUCCGCAGGCUCAAGGGCAUCAUCGUCACCGGCGCCUGCAUCUUCACCGCCUCCUUCCUCAUCCUCAUCACCUACUCCGGCGGCGCCUCCGCAUCCUCCCAGACCGGCCUGAUCGUCGGCCAGGUCAUCAUGGGCCUCGCCGGCGGCCUCUUCGCCUACCCGACCCAGGCCUCCAUCCAGGCCUCGGCCGACCGCGAGCACGUCGCCGUCAUCACCAGCCUCUACCUCUCCCUCUUCAACGUCGGCAGCGCCCUCGGCAACUGCCUCUCCGGCGCCCUCUGGACGCAGCUCCUCUACCCCUCGCUGAGGGAGAGCCUGGCCUUCCAGCCCAACCGCACCCUGGCCGAGGCCAUCUACAACUCGCCCUUCGACACCAUCAAGGGCUUCCCCGUCGGCACGGAGAUCCGGGACGCCGUGAUCGGCAGCUACAGCGGGGUCCAGAGGCUGCUGUGCAUCGCCGCGCUGUGCAUUUGCAUUCCCAUGGUUGGGUUCGCGUUGAUUUUGAGGAAUCCGAAGUUGUCGGAGGAACGGGUCCAGCCGGACGCGGCGGCGGACGAUGAUGAUGAUGAAUGA